AAACCUCUUUGCAGAUAAUAAAAACCUCCUCCUGCGCUUCUCGCGCAGCCGAUUGAUCGAUCUCCAGCAAAUCCGCGCGAUCGACAUGGAAACCCGAACGGAUCACCAACAACCAUCCGGCGAUCCUUCGCCGGGGCAACCUCGCUGGGUGUUGCUCGAGCGCCGGGGCAACAUCCGCGAUGAUGCCGACGACAUGCUCUGCGAGGAUCCCGACGCCAUAGCAACACCGAGCGAGGAUCUCGACGCCGAGACCGUGGCGGAAGCUCAGGCCUCCGGAGGGCGUCUUGUCCGCGUCUCCUUCCGCUUCGCGGCGCCACCGGCAGUGUCACGCCUUCGCGUCGACAGCCCCGGCCUGCCGGAGGGCACCUGGAUCCACGCGCAGAUCAUCGCGGCCCACGGGGACUCGGUCCUUAUGGAGAUCAAGACCAGCAGACGCAGACGUGGCUUGUCGUGGAGUAUUGACGAACGCGACUCGUCGGAUUACUUCGUCUAUAAUGCCGGCGACGCCGCCGCCGACCCACUCCGCCCUCCGUCGCUGUCGCUGCUACCCCCUUGGCGCGUGGGGGCACCCGGGCGGAAGCGAUGUAUGCCUGCCGAAUCCACUGCCCUCCUGCGCCGCGGCGACGAGGACCUGCUUGUGGCGCAGCUGACUCUCUGGGGUACAGAAGGAGAGGCGCCGCUCGAGGCCGAGCUCUGCCUGCUCAGAUCCGGUCGGUGGGACUGUGAGCUCAAGCGUCUUCCGAUCCUCCACGGCGACGGCAAGCGGGAGGAGGUGUCCUUAUGGUCGACCGACGCGGUCAUCCCCGUCGGCGACCGGUUCUUGUGCUGGGUGGACUACUACCGCGGCGUCAUCUUCUCGGACGCGUGGGAGGAGACGCCCCAGCUGCGAUACGUGUCUCUCCCCGUGGAGCCCCAGCUGGAACUGGAACUCUGGUCGCAAGACAGCGGCGGCUCGAGCAACCGCCGCGUGUGCACAACGGACGGCGGGGGAGCGGUGAGCUUCGUGCAGGUCCUUCCCCGCUGCUGCUGCGGCUGCCCGGGAGACGCCUUCUGCUCGCGCUCCCGCUACGCCUUCAACAUAACCACGUGGACGCUGAGGAUGGACGACAUGACCACGUGGGACAUGGUCGGUGUGGUAGACUCCGACGAGCUCUGGUCGCUCCCCGGCUACGGCGGCGUCGUCCCGCGCAUCAGGCCGCAGUACCUCAUCGUCAGCCUGGACGACCCCGAUGUCCUCUGUUUCAUGGUAAAGAAGCGACCAUACGAUAUGGAGGACGUUGACGGCGACCAUGCGGUACGGCUGAUCGAGGUGGACACCAAGCGCAUGGAGCCGUCCUCCGGCGAAGCGCCAUGAACAAGCACCGACGGCUGCAGCUUUAACAGUUAAACUCAACUUAUCGGCCAUGGCUUCUCCUAGGGAGAUGUUGGCGACCCUUCGGGAGAUAGGUGACCUGACGCCUGAUGACAUGCUGAGAACGUAUAGGGUUCUUUCGUGUGAUGGGAGCCAGCUCAAGUUCAGGAUACUUUUGGCGCUUCCCAAAGACAUGAGGAAGGAUUACUGCCUUCUGCUCAUGGA